AGCAAAAUUCACGAACAUGUUUUUCGUGUUGAGCGUCGUGUUGGGUCUGGCAGCUGCCUCUCUGGCCGCUCCGUCACAGCCUCCCUACGGAUACUCUCCACCUCCCUCUUAUCAGACUCCAGCACACUACAACUUCGACUGGGUCGUGAAGGACGACUACUCCGCCAACGACUACGGCCACCAGGAGUCCCGCGACGGAUACAACACACAGGGAUCCUACUACGUGCAGCUUCCCGAUGGUCGUCUGCAGAAGGUCACCUACCACGUGGACGGCGACUCAGGCUACGUGGCUGAGGUCAGCUACGAGGGACAGGCUCACUACCAAGCCCACCAACCUUCAUACCAUCCUACACCUGCCUACAGACCUACUCCAUCUUACAGGCCAAGACCUCAUCACUGAGAAGCUGAUUUGUAAAGCAUAUUUAAAUGAAGCAUGUUUAUAUUUACUAUUUUUAGUAACUGCCUAUCAUAGAAUAAAAAGAUAUUGAUACA